CCUGGCAGACUUAUUAGGUCCCAGCAGUUCGCUGGAAGGAGCAGAGACGUCAAGGUUUUCAAAACUUUCUUAGCUCUUCUACAUCCACAACUUUAGAAUAAGAUUGAUAGGUAUUCAGUCUAAGAAACCUUGAUCUGUACAAGUUUUGAACAAUAGUCUCCCUUUGAACACUGGAAAACAAGACAAUGAUCCCCUUACUGAUGAAAGCCUCACUUUUUCUUUUGUGUCUGCCAGAACUCGUGGCCAAAACUACAGACAUAAGCCCUUCCAAUGAAAACUUGAGUUUACCAGCUUUAUUAGGUCUACAGAGUAAUCAAUACCAGCUCGAGUCCAAACAAAGUGGUCAGUCUUUGGACAAUAUACAAGACACUCGAGACGGUGCUAGCAGAACACACAGCAGACGUCAGCUACAGAGAAUGCUUCAAACAGUUUUGUCAGAGAUAUCAAGAAGAGAAAUACCCAAGAGAAGAGCAGCAGACACGGAUUCCCACGCCUGUAGGAUUAACUUAGGAAAUCACUGCUUGACAGAAGAGAUGGACAAUCUCGCUGAUUCGUAUCACUACCUUAUGUCUUCUAAUUCACCUGGAAGAAAGAGGAGAGCUGUGAAAGUAUAGGAGAAGCAGUCUCACAUGGGAAGUAAUCAGGAACCAAGAUUUUCGCCCUAAUAAAUAAAAUGAAUGAACUGAAAAAGAAGUAGUCUCCCUAUUUUAUUUUAUUGUGUUUUUACUGACUUCUCAUGGAAUGGCUACACAAAAUGGCUAGCUUGGCGUUAACUGUAUGGAUAAGCUCACAUAUAGUCUGCUUUCUUGACCUGAAACAUUUGCAUACUGUCUCCAUUAGUCACUGGGACACAAUGUAGAAAGACAAUGUUCAGAGAUAAUUUCAGUUGGAAGACAAAAGUUGUGGAGGUCAAAGGUCAAUGGAUAGGUACAGAUGAAGUACGUCACAGGGUGAAAAGUGAUUUGUGGACAGGUUUUGGAAUUACUAGAUGUAACUAGAUGAUAGCACAUCAGAGUAUCGCUAACUAUAGCGUGUGCAGUGUACCAAACUUUCGGUCAUCCUAUCACAUAAUAUAAGACUACUAUUUAAUGUUUUAAAUAUAGUCAACACCAAGUAGAAACAAACGCACUGAAUGUAAAAAAUAAAUGUAUUAGCCAUUAUAAAGACAAUAAAUCAAAAGAUUACAAAGUAAUAAGCAAGGAGCCCGAUGCAUUAGCUUUUCUUUUUCAGGAUAGCAUUUAGCUAAGAGUUUCUAGAAACUCGCUUUAAGAAUACAGUUUGUUGGUAUAGUCACCAGUAGAGCGAAAGAUCUCCAGUUCCAUAAUCAUUCAAUAAAUACUUAGCAGUUGAUUGCGGCCCUUAGAAACAGACGUAACAACAUAAAGACACAACGUGAACUUGUGUGAAACAAUGCAGAUGUCAUUAGAGUACACUUAGAUCGACACGUAAACGCCUUGAUCAAAUGCGAAGAGAUAUCUGGUGGCUUGGAGAACAUCGAAGCGUUUACUCUAAGUCUAGGUAUUUAGUCUGUGAUCCAGUGUAUGUUGGCUGGAAGCCUUUAGAGUUGGC